AUGGAUCUGUUCUCUGUUUGCAAACGGAGAGUGACUCUGGUGCAACUGGACACCGAAAUGGCCGACCUGCUCAUCUCUGGGUCAACCAAUGCCACAGCGGUGGGAUCAGAGAGCCUCGCCAUUACAACUGGAACACUGUUUCUGCUCCUGUCUCUGCUCUUUGCUGUAUGGAGCCAUUCAGACAAGACAACGGUACCUGGUCCUUCUUUCUGUCUUGGUUUGGGGCCAUUGCUUUCCUAUAUGAGGUUCAUUUGGACAGGCAUAGGAAUGGCCAGCAACUACUACAACAAAAAAUACGGCGAUAUUGUCCGAGUCUGGAUCAACGGGGAGGAGACCCUAAUAAUCAGCAGGCCAUCAGCAGUGCACCACGUACUGAAGCAUGAGCAUUACACGUCUCGUUUUGGAAGCAAGAAGGGGCUAAACUGCAUUGGCAUGGAUGAGAGAGGCCUCAUCUUCAACAGCAACAUCAGUCUGUGGAAGAAGAUGCGCACCUAUUUCGUCAAAGCCCUGACAGGUCCAGGUUUGCAGCAGGCGAUGGAAGUAUGUGUGUCCUCCACACAGUUACACUUGGACAGCCUGUGGGGACUAAACCCAGAUGUAAAACUAACUGACAGCUCAGGCCAGGUGGAUGUUUUAAGUCUGCUGCGUUGCGUUGUGGUGAACAUCUCCAACAGACUAUUCCUAGGUGUAGCUGUGAAUGAGAAGGAGCUGCUGCUGAAGAUCCAGAAGUACUUCGACACAUGGCAGGCUGUGUUGAUAAGUCCGGACAUCUACUUUAAGUUCAACAGGAAUCAGCAGAGGCAUAAGAAAGCAGCCCAGGAGCUGCAGGAUGCCAUGGAGAGCCUGAUAGAGGAGAAGAGAAGAGCUCUGGAGGAGGCAGACAAACUGGACAACAUCAACUUCACUGCUGACCUCAUAUUCGCACAGAACCACGGUGAGCUGUCUGCUGAUAAUGUAAGACAGUGUGUGCUGGAGAUGGUGAUCGCAGCCCCCGACACGCUCUCCAUCAGCCUCUUCUUCAUGCUGCUGAUCCUGAAACAAAACCCUGACGUGGAGCUGCAGAUUCUACGGGAGAUAGACUCUGUUAAAGGUGAGCGGGAGCUCCAGAACGCUGACCUCAAGAGGUUGCAGGUGCUUGAGACCUUCAUCAACGAAUCUCUACGCUACCAUCCUGUCGUGGACUUCAUCAUGCGCAGGGCCAUAUCCGAUGACAUCAUAGAUGGCUACAGGGUACCGAAGGGAAUAAACAUCAUCCUGAAUGUUGGCCACAUGCACCGGGCAGCAUACUUCCUCAAACCCAACCAGUUCAGUCUGGAUAAUUUUAAAAAAACCGUUCCCAGCCGUUAUUUCCAGCCGUUCGGUUCAGGUCCUCGCUCCUGUGUUGGCAAACACAUUGCCAUGGUGAUGAUGAAAUCUAUCCUGGUGACACUGCUGUCACAAUACUCUGUGUGUGCCCAUGAGGGCUUGACACUGAACCGCCUUCCACAGACCAACAACCUUUCCAAGCAGCCUGCCGAACACGUGCAGGGGGCAGGUUCCCUCAACAUGACCUUCAUACCCAGGAAAAAAGGAAGUUUUCACAGAAAAUAA